UUUGGAAUCCCUCGUUAUCCAUCUCUUCAUCUCUGUCACCUCUCAUACUCUCUCUCCUUCGAGCUUCAAUGGCCGCUGUCUCUGCCACCUCUGUUACCUUCGGAUCUUCAUUGAAGCUCUUGAAGAGUAGCCAGAUCACUGGAAAGGCCUCAAGUCUGAAGAUGGUAACUGUAGGUUGGACAAAGAGUGGCUUCCCUUCGUUGAGAACUUCCCGCUUCCGUGUCUCUUGCUCGGCUAAGCCAGAGACAGUACAGAAAGUGUGUGAGAUAGUAAAGAAACAACUUGCAUUGCCUGCUGAGUCUGAACUCACCCCAGAGUCCAAGUUUGCUGCCCUUGGUGCUGAUUCUCUUGACACAGUGGAGAUAGUAAUGAGUUUGGAGGAAGAGUUCGGGAUCAGCGUGGAAGAGGAAAGCUCUCAGAACAUAACAACAGUCCAAGAAGCAGCAGAUUUGAUAGAGAAGCUUGUCCAGAAGAACAGUGAAGCUUAGAAAACCAACCGGUUAGCUGCAGAGUAGAAGUUUUGGACUUUAAGUAAAAGCCAUGAAGAGGAAUUUGAUCUUGUCCUGCUUUCAUUUUUUUGUAACUUUUCUAAAAAUAUUGGUCCCAUUAGCUUUCCAUCCAUUUUUAUCUUGAAACUAAUGAUUGUUUUAAACUUCACUAUUCUAGUUUUAUGACCGGCCUUAUUGAAUGAUGAUGCUUCUAGACACCA